UUUUUUUUUUCCUGUCCCCUCCAUCUCAUAUUGGCGGAGCCUGUCCUUGGGCGUGUUGGUGUGCACCUAGUCUGCGCGUUGUCAAUGCCAUUUGACUGUGCUCUGUCCCCUGAGUGCACACAGCGGAGGCGUGCACCAGCAAGCUGGGCCAGCGUUGGGCGGGGGCAUGGCUGCAUUUACCCGAAUGCAUUGCAGGCAUUCGGGUGGCACACUGGUUGUUCCCAGACCUGACCUUUCUACCUGAUGCUUCCCACCUUAAUGAUUUUCCACAUCACUAAUCUUUAGGAAGUGGCGAAGCAGAAGUGUAAGACUUCACCGGUCUCAGGCCAGACCAUACCACACUGAGGUCUGCUGAGUGCGUCCUCUCACUGCCGGACUGUCAGGAAGGGGUUCCCCUCUGGUGCCCUUUCACCUGCUGGGCUCCAAGGUCCCAGCGUGAUGUGUUGGAAGCUAGAUAAAAUUACGGAAGGGAGGAGUUCUGAUUGUAUCCAAGCUGUAAACUCUGUACCAGAAAGUUUUCUUUUUUGUUUUUUUUUGUUUGUUUUUUUUUUGGGGGGGGGGGUCCCCUGGAAGGUCUAAAUGACUUGCCUACCCAAGUAACUGGGUGCAAAGAUUGUUAGUUCAACCAGUCCAGUUUAAAGAUUCCUGUCAACUUUCCAAACAAGCCUGUAGGAAUGAAGAAUGCUGAUUGUGAAACUUUUGGAAACCUGUUGGAACCUUAGCGUUUGAGUGUGGGUGGGACUGUGCGUGGGUGGAGAGUGCCUUAAAGGGUGGUGUGGAUGUCCUUAACAAGCUGGCUGUGGCUGCUCAUGGCGCAGAGGAGCAUUCAUUGUGUGAUGAAAUCCUGAGGAUAUCUGUGGAGGAUAAAAAUUUGAGCCCUGCCAACCUAAAAAAGGCCUUCGGCUUGUGUUCACAUAGAACAUCCAGAGCACACCAGUGAUUUGUUCGAAGUGGAGGUGAGAAUAGACUGAAAACCUUUCCAAGCAAACUUCGUGGGAGAUUAAAAAAAAAAAAGUUCCACGGCGGGCUUUCAUUUUCUUUUAUUGUUGUGAUUUAUAUAGUGUUGACUGUAAACACUAAUAAACACACACAACUGCUUACAUAAAAUCCCUCGUUGAAACAGGUGUGAAAUGUGGAGGGGGUACCACAAGGGGACAGGCUGAGAGGAGGUGUGAAGUGAGAGAAGCCGGGGAACAUCGAGGUGGGACUCCCAUGCCAUGGAGUCUGGCUAGUCUGCUUCGCUGGUCUGGGGGGCCUCUCACCCUGGAGUUCAUUUAAGUCUCAGAGGUCUCCCCCAACGCUCUCCCCCAACGCUUAGUCGACCUAGCUGGCUCCCUUUCUGCUUCUCCAAAUGUCUUCCGCUUCUCCAAACGUCUCGCUGCAACACUCCUGGAUACCCAGGGUCAUCUUGGUUGGUCUGGAAUUGGGUGUUCCUUCGGGUCGCAGUAGAAUAGACUUCCAUUUUGGAAAAUUCAGCUGUUGGUGUCGUUUUAAAAUCCACAGCUCUAUUUUGCUUCCAUGUCUGCCAAGAAACCCUUUGAUACAAGUGCUUUAUAUGAGCAACUUGACUUCUAACUUCUACCUUGAAUCCACAAUUGGGGGGAAAAUGAAAUCAGUUUGUGAGUUGGAAGCGGGCGGAAUCUUUGCCUCCCUCGACGCUGUUCUGUAACAAAGUCUACCAACUCAACUGAAGGCAGACCUUUUAUUCUUAUGAACACUGUCAGUGUUCUUCCCGGUUUCAUUUUAUUUUGAGGAGCAGAGUUUAAUAAUUAACCGCAAGUUAGUUCAUUUGAAUCCAGGGCCAAUAGCCUCCUAAGUAGUGCUAAUUGCACCGCAUUUUUAUUCCGAGGCUCCUCAUUUUUAGCAUAACAAAAUCUCCCCUGCAAUGGGUGGACUAAGCCCAAAUUUAUUUGUUUGGAAGGAAGUUUGGAGCUUUUAACUGUGCUCAGUCCUCUGACUUUUUCUUCCAGUGAACUAUUUCUACACCUCAUUCCAGUUAGCAAAACACAUUCUUCCAUUCACAAGAAGGGCAGCGCAUGCAAGCUGGAUGUGGGUUUAGGAGAGUAAAGUUUAUACAACUAAGGAAAAGUGUGUGGAGGGGGUGCACAGAACCCCCCUCUGGAAUCAGUAAUUGAUGUACAAAACCAGCCAUCACCUUACUGCCUCACGCAUCCACAGGACAACUCCGGUUCUCCCCCUCCGCUCAGCGCUCGGAAAAGGAAAAGAGACCGAUACUGAUGGUCAAGUCCUUUUUGUGUGUGUGCUAUUUUUGUCUUUUUUGUGAGAAUGACAGAUUUUUUUUUUCGUUUCCAAAUAUUCCUAACGAUUUUCUGCUCAAGUGUAAGAUAAUGCAAAGAGUUUGUAGAAAUGGCGGUGAGUAGUGGGGGAGGGGAGGCGGUGUGAUAAACGGUUUGUUGCUCACGGGAGGGUAAAAUAUUUCUGCUCACUCUCCAAGCCCAGAUUCUCCACGCCCCCCCCCCUUAACUUUUCCUUCUCCUUCUGUUUUUUGUUGGUUUGUUUUCCAAGGAAAGUCUGGUUUGGACGACAUUGUCUCCCAGUUUUCAAGGCUUUUCCUGUGAUCCAAGUUUUCCUGUUUGGUGUUUGUUCAAAGGAAAGCCCCCCCCCCCAUCCCCAUGGCUUCUACAAUAAACGUACUAGGCACUCACCACUUUCUAGUAUAAAUAACCAAGUGGCUUUAGAAGGGUAUAUAUUUGGGAAACGCCUGCUGCGGUCCCAUUAAAUUUUCGUGGGGUGCCUAGACUUCGGUUUUCACUCCUCUCCGGUUGCCGGGGUCCUGCGGUCAUUACUGGCACACAAUUUCAAUUGAAGGAGACAGGGAAGGUCUCCAAGUGCGCCAGCGCAUCUUUCCUGAUUUUUGUUUUUGUUUUUUGUUUUUCCCUGUGGCUCGCCUUCCUUUCUUCCUUCCUUGACCCGGUGGUCCCUCUUUCCCUUUGAGCCCGCUGCCCUUGAACUUGUUUCUGGAGGAAGGGAAGGCUUGCACAGCUUCUGAUAAAGCCCAGGUGAGGACCAAGGUGCAUCCAGGGCAGUGGCGGGUCUCCACCACCGCAGACUGGACUGACGCAGAGCCAGAACUAGGUACCAGGUAGAGACAGGGAUCCCGGCGCCAUGGACCAAGAGACGUUGGAGAGAGCAUGGGGACCAGAAGACAGGCUAUAGGCAAUCUAUCCCCACGAUGAAGAGAGGUUGAGAGUGGUGGGAAAAGGAGGUACAUGCGGUCAAGGUCACGAGCUGGCGAGUUUUGCUCUGCGUGGCUUUCUUGGGACUCGGGAAGAGCAUGUCUGUCCGUGGGGCCGGGAAACCCGGAAACCCGGCAGCCAGCCGCGUCUUGCUCUGGGACUUGAGGUGGUGGGGAUGGAAAGGCCGCGGUUCCCAGCAGUGACCCGCCCAGAAGCACCCCAGAGCGCUGCAAGGCUUUCUGGGCAGGGUGCUGAUGGGCACAGUGACCGCUGGGGUGUCUCCAGCCCAAGCCUCUACUGGCCUUCAGCAACCAGUCCAGCUCCAGCUGAGCCACGCUGUUACCCCUCCAAACUUGGUCUCAGCUGCCCCCUCCCUCCCUCAGUGUGCCCUGCCAGGGAAAAGGCAAAUUCCCCGGGGCAGGAGGGACUUUGCAUCUCUGUCCUGCGGAUCCUACCCACCCCACCCACUGGACCGCAGCACUGUCUGCCCCCAGCUUUCCUAGGAGCCAUAGUCAGGGCUCCCUGGAGGGGAAUGGGAAGGGUUAAUUUCGAAUAGAAGAUGGACUGGCAAUUGGUCCCUGUUCCCCUGCCCUAAGAUCACUUCCACCCUGGCGGCCUUCUCUCCUGGAGUUGGCUUUUCCAAUGAAUGAAGGGCAGUGAGCCCCGCAUCCUGGCUCUAGUGAGCUGGCCCUGGGAGGUCCAGAAUCAAGAUCUAGGGAGCUAGCUAGCCCUUUUCAGAAAGGUCAGAGCUGGAGAACUGUGUAAAGUUAAAGGGAAAUCGAUCCGAAGCUGAGCCGACCCCUUUUCCGAAAAAUAGAAUAUUGGCAUUUCGGUGUGGAAACUGAUUUUCCCCACUUUGCGUUACUGGCUUUAUCUGUGAGUACAGAAAGCAGAAUUUACAGUUACUGGAGUCAUGGUAAGCUAGCUGACUUCUGAGAGCAACUUGGCGGAAGAAACUGUUUCCAGCUUUCUUACUGAGAUCUUUCUUUGUGGUAGAAUACUUGUGAGGACCCGUUUGGAAGUCCAGGGCACUGGCUAUGAUAAUAAUGAGAGUGUGCCCCUACCCAGGACAGCUUAGGUUCAUAAAUUAAAAGUGAAUACUUUUCAUUUCUCUCCUACCUACCAUCUUUUCGCUUCCUUACGGGAGGAGAUGGCAAUUUUGGGGUCCUUCUGUGUUAGAGUUCCCUCCUGACAUUCUUAGAAGAUGGCUACCACUCGCCCGUGGAGAUAUUUUUGCUAUGAGAUUCGUUGGUGUUAACGCAUCCGACAUCAACUAUUCUGCUGGCCGCUAUGACCCGUCCGUGAAGCCCCCCUUUGACAUAGGUUUUGAAGGGAUUGGUGAGGUGGUGGCCCUAGGCCUCUCUGCUAGCGCUAGGUACACAGUGGGCCAGGCUGUGGCUUAUGUGGCUCCUGGUUCCUUUGCUGAGUAUACAGUGGUGCCUGCUAGCAUUGCCACUCCCGUGCCUUCAGUGAAACCCGAGUAUCUCACUCUGCUGGUUAGUGGCACCACUGCAUACAUCAGCCUGCAAGAGCUCGGAGAGCUGUCAGAAGGGAAGAAAGUUUUGGUCACCGCAGCCGCUGGGGGGACAGGUCAGUUUGCUGUGCAGCUUUCAAAGAUAGCCAAGUGCCAUGUCAUUGGAACCUGCUCAUCGGAUGAAAAGUUAGCUUUUCUGAAAUCCAUUGGGUGUGAUCGCCCCAUCAACUACAAAACAGAGCCUGUGGAGACAGUUCUGAAGCAGGAGUACCCUGAAGGUGUCGAUGUAGUCUACGAGUCUGUUGGGGGAGCCAUGUUUGACCUGGCAGUGGAUGCCUUGGCCAUCAAAGGGCGUCUGAUGGUAAUUGGGUUUAUCUCUGGCUACCAAAGCCCUUCAGGUCUGUCACCAGUAAAAGCAGGAGCUCUGCCGGCCAAGCUCCUGAGGAAGUCUGCCAGUCUCCGGGGCUUCUUUCUGAACCACUAUUUAUCCAAGUACCAGGCCGCCAUGGAACACUUGCUGGAGCUGUACACUCAUGGGGAACUGGUCUGUGAGGUGGACCUGGGACAACUGGCUCCAGAGGGGAGGUUCAUCGGCCUGGACUCUAUAUUCCGGGCUGUUGACUAUAUGUACACUGGGAAAAAUAUUGGGAAACUUGUGGUGGAAUUACCUCAUAGUGUCAGCAGUAAGCUAUGACAUCAAUGACAAAGCCUUGGGAUGAACAUAGUAUUUCUUAAAACCAAAAUGUAGUGCUAAUCAGUUCUGCUCCCCGCUUUCCUUGGGGGUAAAAAUAACGUGCCUCAAUAAAAGUUCUCUCUAUAGCUAA